AAACGGGCCCCAGAAGCCCAGCUCUGGAGCCAGGAGAAAGCCAGACGGCUGAGCGCGCAUCGGGCAGGCCGAAUCACGCCCUCUUCAAGGCACCGAAUCCACCUCCCGCUUUCCUUUACCGGCAGCCCAGCUCGCCUCGCCUCGCCCGUCCCUUCCCUUCCUCGCCCCACCCCGCGGGCAAGCAAAACUUCCCCAUCCAACGGUGAGGAGGAGGCGGUGCCAGGCUCCGGACAGGCGUGGAACCCGACGAAUGGCAGUCUAUAAAAAAAGAGGGCUUUGGGUCUGCCCCUUUCCUGGAAGAAAACCCACUUCGGCUAAGUCCAGCUCGAAGAGAGGAGGAACGAGAUCCCCCCGUCCUAGGAUCGAGAGCAGAUCACAGCCUUGGCAGCCAUGUCUCGGCCCCUCACCGACCAGGAGAAGCGUAAACAGAUCAGCAUUCGUGGCAUUGUUGGAGUGGAGAAUGUGGCUGAGCUGAAAAAGGGCUUUAACCGACAUCUACAUUUUACCCUUGUUAAGGACCGCAAUGUGGCCACCCCUCGGGACUACUACUUUGCCCUGGCCCACACUGUACGGGAUCACCUGGUGGGCAGGUGGAUCCGCACCCAGCAAUACUACUAUGAAAAGGACCCCAAGAGAAUCUACUACCUUUCCUUGGAAUUUUACAUGGGCCGGACUUUGCAAAAUACCAUGAUCAACCUAGGACUACAGAAUGCCUGUGAUGAGGCAAUUUAUCAGCUAGGUCUGGACAUAGAAGAGCUGGAAGAGAUUGAAGAAGAUGCUGGUCUGGGCAAUGGAGGCCUUGGCAGGCUGGCAGCUUGCUUCCUUGAUUCAAUGGCGACCCUUGGGCUUGCAGCCUAUGGUUAUGGAAUACGCUACGAGUAUGGCAUUUUCAACCAGAAGAUCAGAGAAGGAUGGCAGGUGGAAGAAGCUGAUGAUUGGCUAAGACAUGGAAACCCCUGGGAGAAGGCUCGUCCAGAGUACAUGCUUCCUAUUCAUUUUUAUGGAAGAGUGGAGAAUACACAGACUGGUGUGAGAUGGGUUGAUACUCAGGUUGUUUUGGCUUUGCCCUAUGAUACUCCUAUUCCUGGUUAUAUGAACAACACAGUUAACACAAUGAGACUCUGGUCUGCUCGAGCGCCCAACGACUUUAAUCUCCGUGAUUUUAAUGUUGGUGAUUACAUUCAAGCGGUGUUGGACAGAAACUUGGCGGAGAACAUCUCCCGCGUCCUUUAUCCAAACGAUAACUUUUUUGAAGGCAAGGAGUUGCGCCUGAAGCAGGAAUACUUUGUGGUAGCUGCCACCUUGCAAGACAUCAUCCGACGGUACAAAGCCUCCAAGUUUGGGACUACUGAAAGUGUCCGGACUGCUUUUGAUUCAUUCCCAGACCAGGUUGCAAUCCAGCUGAAUGAUACACAUCCUUCCAUGGCUAUUCCUGAGCUGAUGCGUGUCUUCUUGGAUAUAGAGAAGCUGCCCUGGUCCAAGGCCUGGGAUAUCACUACAAGGACCUUUGCUUAUACAAACCACACAGUUCUUCCUGAAGCUCUUGAACGCUGGCCAGUCGAGCUGGUGGAGAAGCUGCUUCCAAGACACUUGCAGAUUAUCUAUGAAAUCAAUCAGAGGCAUUUGGAUAAAAUCAGAGCCCUGUUUCCCACGGAUGUUGACCGUCUCAGGCGGAUGUCCUUGAUUGAAGAGGAAGGGGUCAAGCGUAUUAACAUGGCCCACCUUUGCAUUGUUGGCUCUCACGCUGUGAAUGGAGUUGCAAAGAUUCACUCAGAUAUCGUCAAAUCUCAAGUGUUCAAGGACUUUGCAGAGUUGGAGCCAGAAAAGUUUCAGAAUAAAACAAAUGGGAUCACUCCUCGUCGCUGGCUCCUGCUUUGCAACCCAGGACUUGCAGAAUUAAUUGCGGAGAAAAUAGGGGAAGAAUACGUGAAAGAUUUGAGUCAGCUAAGAAAGCUGCAUCGGUUUGUGAAUGAUGAUGUUUUCAUCAGAGAGGUGGCCAAAGUCAAGCAGGAAAACAAAGUCAAAUUUGCCCAGUACCUGGAACAGGAAUAUAAAGUGAAGAUCAACCCAGCUUCCAUGUUUGACGUGCAAGUCAAGAGAAUUCAUGAAUACAAGCGGCAGCUCAUGAAUUGCCUACAUGUGAUCACCAUGUACAACCGCAUUAAACGAGAUCCAACAAAGCCAUUUGUGCCCAGGACUGUGAUAAUUGGAGGAAAAGCUGCUCCUGGGUAUCAUAUGGCUAAAAUGAUAAUAAAGCUGAUCACUGCUGUAGGCCAUGUAGUAAACAAUGAUCCUGGGGUUGGAAACAAGCUGAAGGUCAUAUUUUUGGAGAAUUACAGAGUCUCAUUGGCUGAAAAAGUGAUCCCUGCUACAGAUUUAUCAGAGCAGAUUUCAACAGCCGGCACUGAAGCCUCGGGCACUGGAAACAUGAAAUUCAUGCUCAAUGGGGCUCUGACCAUCGGGACCAUGGAUGGUGCCAAUGUAGAAAUGGCAGAAGAAGCUGGAGAAGAGAAUCUUUUCAUAUUUGGCAUGAGAGUGCCAGAUGUGGAACAGUUGGACCAGAAAGGGUACCAUGCUCAGGAAUAUUAUGACAAGCUUCCUGAAUUGAAGCAAGCUAUGGAUCAGAUCAAGAACGGUUUCUUUUCACCACAGCAACCUGACCUGUUCAAAGAUUUGGUGAACAUGUUGUUCUACCAUGACCGGUUUAAAGUGUUUGCAGACUAUGAAGCUUACGUCAAGUGCCAAGACAGUGUCAGUAAACUCUAUAUGAACUCCAAAGAAUGGACCAAAAUGGUCAUCAGGAACAUUGCAGCCUCUGGGAAGUUUUCCAGUGACAGGACCAUCAAAGAAUAUGCCCGUGAUAUCUGGAAUGUAGAACCUUCUGACCUCAAGAUCCCGCCACCCAAUGUACCUCGCGAUGUUGCUGAUGAGAUGCUGGCCAAUGAUUCAGCUGAAAAAUUGUGUGUGUGAAUCUGAGAAGUCCUGCAAGGUUUAACUCCGUAUGGAUGACGCACAGUACCCUACAUUGGAAAAAGCACGCGUAGAUUUGUUUAGCAAGUACCGGUAAUAAAGUGGCCUUUUCUUUUCUCUUUUACUUACAAGCACCGAGAGCAGUUGGGGUAUCUACAUUUAUCUGUUCUCUCCCUUUCCCUUCUUUGAGAACUCUGGGAAUUGUUCCCAAAAAUUUUGCUCUAAUACAUUCUAUUUCACCUGAUGAUCUUAAGUGUGCCAAACCAUUUAUCUCCCAUGCUAGCUGAUAUUCUCACUGGCCAUGCUAGGUACCAGUCCCAGCUCAACUAGAGAGUACCAGCUUGAGGUACGCCACCCAAACAGUUCAAAGGGCGCAUUUUUUUUACUAAUUUAUAGUGAGUGUUAUUAAAAAAUACCAUUAGCAAACCAAAUAAUCUGUUUACUCAAUUGUUGUCUUUUAAUGAAAAUGAAAGGGCUUGUCCACGAUGUAUAUUCAUAAAGUGAACUAAUAGCAGAAAGAAUACAUUUUAAGAGAGGAAGGCGUCGACACAGAAUUCGUAUAGUUUCAUAUAAAAUCUAGAGUACCUGUUCUUCCUUCAAGGGGUGAGCAUGUGCUCCUACUUAAUUCAAAUAAAGAUAAUUUUUUGAAGUAUUCUGAAGAACACCAUGUAUUUUCAGCAGGGUAUUAAUUACAGCACUGAGUCUUUGAGGAAGUUGCCCUAUGUAGUGCACUAUAAAUCAAAUUGAUUCAGCUGUGAGUAAGAAGACAUGCUGAGACAAAAAGGAUGUUCUGCUAAAAUAAAGCUUAUAGUAACCAAGAUGAGGUGCAUUUAUAGAAAAAGAAGAAACCUUUGGUACGCUCAAAAAUUCCUGUAUUCUUUGCCCAGUAAUGUUGUUCUGUAAUGUACACCUGCAAAUUCACAUGAUAAAAUAAAGUCAAAUCCACUUUUUUAUCUUCCAA